CUUUCGAUUUCGUAAAAGCAACAACAUGGGUUGUUCACUAUGGCUCAGUCAAUUACUCUGCCUCCUUUUCUUUCUCUUGCAUUUUCAAGCUGCUAGUUCUCCAUUUUCAUCCUCAAAUCUCUCGUCUUCACAUGUGCUUUGCCAUCUUCACCAAAGUCAUGCGUUGCUCCAUUUCAAAAAUUCUUUCUCCAUUACCAGUUCUGCCUCAAUGGACUCUCGCCUGCAUGAUGUUCCUUAUCCGAAAACAGAGACAUGGGAAGAAGGCAGUGAUUGCUGCUUAUGGGAUGGGGUCACGUGUGACUUACAAACAGGUUAUGUAAUUGGCCUUCGCCUUUCUCGCAGUAUGCUUUUUGGUUCCUUUCAUCCCAAUAACUCUCUUUUCCUCCUCUCUCAUCUUCAAUUUCUGGAUCUCUCCAAUAAUGAUUUCAAUUCCUCCAGUAUUUCACCUCAGUUCGGUGGAUUUUUUAAUUUAAGACAUCUUAAUCUGAAUAACUCUGGUUUUGCAGGCCAAGUUCCUUCAAAAAUCACUUAUUUAUCUAACUUGGUUUCACUUGAUAUCUCUUUCAAUGAUUUGACACUAGAAGCCACCACUUUCAAUAGAUUAGCUAAAAACCUCACCAAGCUAAGAGAACUCAUUUUAGAUGAGGUAAACAUGUCCAUGGUCGAACCUAUUUGGUUGAUGAAUUUGUCGUCUUCUUUUUCAUCUCUCUAUCUCAAUGAUUGUGGAUUGCAAGGGGAAUUUCCACGCAAUUUGCUUCAACGGCAAAAACUUCGGGUGCUCGAUUUAUGGGGAAAUCAUGACCUCAUUGUUUGUUUGCCAAGGUCUAAUUGGAGUAGUUCCCUUGACGUUUUGUUUGUUUCUUAUACAAAAAUUACAAUACAUUUAGAUGGUGAUCUUAUUAAUAAUCUAAGGUCUGUGAAAAUGUUGGGUCUUAGUGGUUGCAGUUUUGUUGGUUCAAAUGUAUCAUGGUUUGGUAAUUUGAGGCAACUCAGUAGGUUAUAUCUUUCAUCAAAUAAUUUUAGUGGCCAUAUUCCAUCCGCAUUUGGGAACCUUGAGCAUCUCACUCAUUUGGCACUCUCAUCUAAUAAUUUUGAUGGUCAAAUUCCCCCAUGGUUAUUGAACCAUAACCAACUCAUUGGUUUAUUUCUUUCCAAUAAUAAACUCAUUGGUACAAUUCCCAAUUCUUUUGCAAACUUGGCAACACUUCAACAUUUAGAUUUAUCAAGCAAUCGACUGGUGGGACCCAUUCCUUCUCAAGUUCGUAGACUUUCAAGUCUAAUUGUAUUGGAUUUAUCUAAUAACUUGCUCAAUGCAACAAUACCAUCCUCCUUGCUUAACCUACCUCAUUUGCAAUUUUUAUUUCUCAAUAGUAACCUGUUCAUGGGUCGUAUUCGUCGGUUCCAACAUAAUUCCUUGAUUCAUAUUGAUUUGAGCAAUAAUAAGUUGGAAGGGGCAAUUCCAAUUUCAAUUUGCAAGCUAAAGCAACUCCAAGUUCUUCACUUUUCCAACAAUAGCUUUAGCGGUUCCAUUCCACAUUGCUUGGGAAAUUUUAGCAACAAUCUGUUGGCGUUGCAUCUGGGCAUGAACAGUUUCCAAGGAAGCAUCCCCACAUUUUCGAAGGACAAUAGCUUGAGGUAUUUGAACUUACAUGGCAAUCAAUUAGGAGGGCGAAUUCCACGGUCUAUCCUCAAUUGCAAAAGCUUGGAAGUUUUGGACAUUGGCAACAAUGAGAUAGAUGAUACUUUCCCUGUUUUUUUGGAAACUCUUCCACAGCUACAAGUUCUUGUCCUACGAUCCAACAAACUUCAUGGAUUUCUAAAGGCUGCAUCGGCUAAUUAUUCCUUCUCCAAGUUGCGAAUUUUUGACAUGUCCAAUAAUAAUUUAAGUGGACCUCUGCCACUUGAGUAUUUCUAUAGUUUUGAAGCCAUGAUAGUUUCCGAUGAAAGCUUUCGAUACAUGGGUAUCACAGGAUUCUAUAGAUACACUUAUUCUGUGGAUGUGACAUGGAAAGGAUCGGGGAUUGAGUUAAGGAUCCAAACUAUGUUCACAACAAUUGAUUUGUCAGCCAACAAAUUUACUGGGAAUAUACCGUGGUCAAUUGGGAAGCUUGUAUCGCUUAAGCAACUCAAUCUUUCUCAUAAUUACCUCACUGGUAAUAUUCCACCUGAUUUGGGAAAAUUGAUAAAUCUUGAAUCAUUGGAUCUCUCUUCAAAUACGCUCACCGGAAAGAUUCCAACAGAUUUGGUAGACUUGAUAUUUCUUUCAGUCUUUCGAGUUUCACAUAACCAACUCGCAGGACGCAUACCUCUUGGCAAACAACUGGAUACCUUUGAUAGUAGUUCAUAUGAAGGAAACUCAGGGUUGUGCGGAUUUCCACUGAAAAAAGCAUGUGAAGAUGGGGAAAGGCAGCCAACAACUCUUUCAGAAGAAGGUGAUUCAGAGUCUGAAAAUGGAUUUGGGUGGAAAGCUGUUUUGAUAGGGUAUGUAUGUGGUUUCAUAUUUAGUGUCACAAUGGCACAUCUGAUGUUCAGAACAAGAAAGCCUAUAUGGGUUGUGAAGAUGGUUGAAGCCAAAACAAAAACCUACAGAUGUCGUGGAAAAAAUUAAACCUACUCAUUUGGGUUAAGCUUUCAAGGUAAUAUUUAAGUUUAUAUUUAUAUAUAUAUAAUUCAAAUUUUUGCAAUUUGUAUUUCUUAAUAUUAAUUAAAUAAACUUCUUAGGUUGG